AUUGUGGGUUAGGGGCAAUUGUAACAUAAGUGACGUAUACUGCCAACUAACUCCACACUUAAUAUAUGUAGGUGGUAACUUACAACAAAAAAUAAUCUACUUAACAUUUUCUGUGCAGGGGCAGUAAUAUGACUGAAAUCUGUGAACCCUUAACCUUGGCAAGGGAUGUAAAAAGGUCAAUAGAGUUAUUAGAAAAACUUCAGGCUAGCGGAGAUUUUCCAACAACAAAAUUAGCCGCAUUACAAAAAGUUCUAAAUUCGGAUUUUUUGAACUCUGUGCGUGAAGUCUAUGAACAUGUUUACGAAACAGUUGAUAUACAAGGCUCACACGAUGUUCGGGCAUCUGCAACAGCUAAAGCAACUGUGGCUGCUUUUGCUGCCAGUGAAGGCCAUGCACAUCCAAGAGUUGUAGAGUUGCCAAAAACAGAGGAAGGUUUGGGCUUCAAUGUCAUGGGGGGCAAAGAGCAGAAUUCUCCCAUUUAUAUCUCGCGAAUAAUACCAGGUGGCGUUGCAGAUAGACAUGGAGGCCUAAAAAGAGGAGAUCAGCUGCUUUCAGUAAAUGGAGUGUCGGUUGAAGGGGAAAAUCAUGAGAAAGCAGUUGAAUUAUUAAAGCAAGCGGUUGGUUCCGUAAAGCUUGUGGUACGUUACACACCCAAGGUUCUUGAAGAAAUGGAAAUGCGGUUUGAUAAACAACGUAAUACACGUCGUCGUCAAUAAAGCUAACAGAAAUGUAUCUUAAAAUUACAACAACAA